UAAUGUUUAUUAAUUUAGUUAUUAAAAUCAAUAAUUUUAUUUUUUUUCCACGUAUUAAACCAAAAAAUAUAUUAUUUAUUGUCCUAAAUAAAUACACCUCAUCAUCCAGUGAGAAUCAGAUCAACUUUCACCGGACUACGGACAAUAAUGGACGUUUUGGCACCGUGUUUGCGAGAUCCAGUGCAAUUUCCAUACCAGAAUUGCCAGCCCCAACAACGAGAACGUUCUUCCCACCAUACCCCUUUCCGUUCUUAUAGAGUCGAGUGGCUCAACCUCCGGCAUGUAAGGGUCGCUAUUUCCUCCACUUGCCACUACCAAAAACCUGCCGAAGUAUAUCUCCACCUCAACGGAGCUCAAGUUCCUAGCCUUGACUACCCAUUUAUUGCUCCCCUCAUCGAAGCUGACCAUCUCAACGCGUCUCCGGUGGGAAAAGUGGCAGGAAAUUGCUUGUGGGGAGAAUGCAGAAUUGCCUGGGUGAGUGGAUGUGGAGACGGUCUUGAGUAUUUUGUCCAGAGAGAAGCAAAACGGUAUUCUCUUUCAAGGAGUAUGCAAGGGAUUAAUUGGUUGUUUAGGCAGGCCACCGUGGCGAGGCCAGCGGGGCCGGCUCCGACAACGUUGACCGGGGUUCUUGCACCUUUUGCUGAUGCAAAGAGAAGCAACGAUAUAAUUUGAGACGUGCAUGAAUAGAAAAUGAUCUGAGAAGGACGUAAAUAUGCCAGAAAUUGACUUCCUCUUCUCUCAGUUCUUCCUUGAUUUGCGGUGGAAUAGAAAACUUGGAAGAUCUUUUUCAGACGGGUCCCUUCGUUACCCAUUUAGCAGCCACUGAGAAGCGAAGUCCACUCCUACCUCUCAGGUGGGCCUAUAUAUAAAUCAAUAGUCAAAAUCUCC